UAUAGAGGCAAAAGCCGGCUUGACACAACUUUGGAUCCACCUAUAGCGUGAGUCUGCCUUCCCAUAGAGCGACCAAUAGGCUGCGGAAUCCCGCGCGGGGAGGAGCCCGGUCACUCGGAGGAAGCUGUGCAGGGACACAGCGGCCAUGGCAGCUCCCGAGUCUCUGUCCUCCACGGCCACGGCCGAGGAGGCGCCGGAGGAGGAUGAGGACGAGGCGGAGACCGAGGACCCGGAGCGCGGGACGGGUAGCGGAGGGCGCAGCGGCAGCCUCGGUGGCAGCGGAGGCAGCACGGCAGGGCCUGGGUUGGCCCUAGGGGGCGCGCUCACGAGGCGCGCGGUCACGCUGCGGGUGCUGCUCAAAGACGAGCUGCUGGAGCCCGGUGAGGGGGUGCUAUCCAUCUACUACCUGGGCAGGAAGUUUAUCGGGGACCUGAAACUAGAUGGCAGGAUCGUGUGGCAGGAAAAUGGACAAGUCUUCAACUCGCCCAGCGCCUGGGCCACACACUGCAAGAAGCUUGUCAACCCAGCCAAGAAGUCUGGCUGUGGCUGGGCCUCUGUCAAGUACAAGGGCCAGAAGCUGGACAAAUACAAGGCCGCUUGGCUCCGCCGUCACCAGCUACAUAUGCCCGUAGCUGCUGCUGAUGAGAGUCCCACCAGUGAAGGGGAGGAGGAGGAACUGCUGCUGGAGGAGGAGGAGGAGGAUGUGCUGGCUGGGGUUUCAUCAGAAUACAAAGGCCACAGACCUCCUGGGAAGGGUUCCUUGGAGCCAGAAGCCACACCCCCAGGGAAACGUGUGGACAAGGUCCGGGUGCCCGUCCGUUACUGCAUGCUGGGCAGCAGAGAUUCUGCCAGGAACCCCCACACUCUGGUAGAAGUAACAUCCUUCGCUGCCAUCAACAAGUUCCAGCCAUUCAACGUGGCCGUUUCCAGUAAUGUGCUGUUCCUCUUGGACUUCCACUGUCACCUGACUCGGAGUGAGGUCGUGGGCUACCUUGGUGGUCGCUGGGACAUCAAUAAUCAGAUGCUGACCGUGCUGAGAGCCUUCCCCUGCAGGAGUCGGCUAGGGGACCCUGAUACUGCAGCCACGGUUGAGGAGGAGAUCCACCAGGUCCUGUUCCUGCGAGGCCUGUCCCUGGUGGGCUGGUACCACAGCCACCCACACAGCCCUGCAGCACCCUCCUUGCAGGACAUCGAUGCACAGAUGGAGUACCAGUUGAGACUGCAAGGCUCCAACAAUGGCUUCCAGCCCUGCCUGGCCCUGCUGUGCUCCCCCUACUACUCCGGCAACCCAGGCCCUGAGUCCAAGAUCUGCCCUUUCUGGGUGAUGCCUCCCCCUGAGCAGCAAAGGCCCAGUGACUAUGGAAUCCCCAUGGAUGUAGAGAUGGCGUAUGUCCAAGAUAGCUUCCUGACCAACGAUGUUCUUCAGGAGAUGAUGAUGCUGGUGGAGUUCUACAAAGGUGCCCCUGACCUUGUGAAGUUCCAAGAGGCCUGGAGCCCAGAGCAUACCUACCUGGACAAGCUCAAGAUGUCCUUGGCCAGCAGGACCCCGAAGGACCAGGGCAUGUGCCACGUGCUGGAGCAGGUCUGCAGCGUGCUCAAGCAGGGGAGCUGAGGCUGUAAGCUUUGCUGUCCUGGGACAGGCUGGGUAAUAAAGUCUCUGAGUGCCUACA